AUGAAUAACAAUUCAACUACAACUAAUAAUACUUUCAGUCACCAGUACUUCACUCAAUUAUAUCAACCCAGAAUCAUUCCCACACCAAAUCCGGUUUUGCUUUCAACAGUAGUUAACACUAGAAGGAUACUUGAAGGUUUAGAACAAGCUAGAAUUGAAAGGUCCCAACUCCGAAACAAAGUUGUUGUGGAUGAAAAUGGAUCACUUUCAUUCUACAUAAAUGAUCCUCAAGAGGUUUCAACUUCUACAGUUGACCAUAGUUACUUUUCUAGUUAUUAUUCUAAAACUGAAACUUAUGAUGCUACUGAUUCUGAUGUUGUUGUUGAUAUGAAUAAUAUUACUUAUGAAAGUAAUUCAAGUGAAGAAACUCUAAUUGCUACUGAUUCUGAUUCGGAUUUUUAUUCGGAUAAUGCUACUUCUAAAAGAACUUCAAUUGAAGAGACUUCAAUUGCUGUUAAUAAUUGUGUUACUAAAAACAGAUUAUAUGAUUCUAAUCCAGAUUUUGACAAAGAAUCUAAUCAUGUUGCUAAAGACAGUAGAAAGGAAAUUGUUACUAAAAACAAAAAAGAAAAAUUAAAGUCUGGCAAUUUCAUUACACACAAAGAAGCUUCCAAAAGGUUGUUGGCAGUCACUGAUACAUCUCAACCCCCUGCAACAUUUAUUUCUAGACAAGUUCUAGAAGAUAGAAUGUAUCAUCAUUUAGACGGUUGCCUCAACUACAAAAAGGUACCUUCUGAAGACUUCACAUCCAAAGAUGCGCAGAAUCGAAAAAGGGUAGUAACCCAAUUUCUCAAUAGCGUUGAGCCUAAAAGAAGCUGCUUUAAGAGAUUCUAA